AUGAUUGUAUGGGUGUUUGUUGUGCUGAUAGUGACACAGAGUUAUACUGCUAAUCUUGCAUCACUAUUAACUGUUCAACAACUUCAACCAGCUGUUAAUGAUUUAAAUGAUCUUUUAAGGAAUGGAGAAAAAGUUGGCCACAUGAGAGGUGCUUAUGUUUAUGAUCUCUUGAUAGGAAGAGGUUUUGAUGAUUCCCAGCUUAAGCCUUAUGAAUUCAUGGAAGAAAUAGAUGAAGCUCUUUCUAAAGGAAGUGAAAAAGGUGGUAUCGCUGCAAUUGUUCAUGAAACCCCUUACGUGAAGCUACUUGUUGCAAAAUAUUGUUCCAAUUAUACUAUGAUUGGUCAGAUUGGAUCAAUCUUUAAAACCGAUGGCCUUGGCUUCGCAUUUCCGAAACAUUCCCCUCUUUUAUCUGAUAUUACACAAGCAAUCUUGAAUAUGACAGAUGAAGAAAUGCUGACAAAGAUUGAAGAUAAAUGGAUCAAGAAAGAUAGCAACUGUAAAAUCGUGACUGGGUAUCAUUCUGACAGUGCUCUUGGCCUUGAGAGCUUUAGUGGUCUUUUCUUAAUUACGGGGAUAGCGUCAAUGUUUGCUUUGAUCACAUUUGUAACUUCCUUCUUCUACGAGCAUAAGCAUGUGUUGAUGGCUCCUAACUCAGGCACCUCUAAAUGGAAAAGGAUCAGAGCCAUGUUCAAGAUCUUCAACGAAAAAAAAACUAAGCUCUCAUACAUACAGAACCAGUCGACCUUUAGACAAUAUUGUUGGGGCUCAAUGUUAGGGUUUUACCCCUAA